AUGGCGCGUUCGCAAGCGUCCACGACCACCACCGCCAAGCGCACUCGCACCCCGUCGCCAAUCCUAGCAUGGUGGAUCACCCCGCGCAAUGCAGCCACUGGAUUCGUGGCUUUACAUCGACCCAUCACUUUCGCUUUGUCGCUCGCUUGGUCGUUGCUCUGCUUCGUCGUCUCGGCGCUCUUCAGCCUGACCCAUUUACCACCACCGAGCUCCGCGCCUGCGCUUUGCGCUUGUAGAUCAUCCCCCGAGCCGCGAACCCGCCCGCGGCCCAGUCGGACUCGAAGGCCAUCGCCGACACCGAUCUUGACACUCUCACCCGUUGCACUCACGUCGUUGGAAAUGGAAAACAAUGACGUGCCUUCCUUGUCGAUAUCGACACCGCCCGCACCAAGCACAUCCGCCAACCCUCCCGUCGUCGACAGGACCGCCGCCGCCGCGAAAUUGCGCUCGAAUCGACUCGGACUCCUCUUCCGAAGGCAUCCCCGACGAUCGGGGUCCCUCCCCGCCGACGCAGUCGCAGUCAUCUUCGACCGCCAUGUGCUCGGCGAUGUCGAAGAAUCGGAAGAGGAUUACCACAACCGUGACUCGAUGGAUCACAGCGAUCGUUACUCGUUCAGCUCGGAUCGUACCUACGACUCGGAGGAGGGAUCGGAUCAAGGCAGCCGUGGCCCCGGCCCGAUGACGCCCGAUGGAGGAGCGAGUGAUUCGGAUCCGAGCGAAGCCGAGACGACGGCCGACCAUGCGGAAAUUCCCGGGUCAUCUGCCAACCCGAAGCGCUCGAACAAUCCAAUGCAUUGGCUCAAGCGACGCUCGGCAACCAAAGGGACUAGAUGCUCGAGCUCGCGCAAGGACUCUCUUGGUGAUGGCAACGAGGAUCUUGGCGCCCACAGUCAGGCGCAGAAGACGCCGAGCAAGAGGACUUGCUCGACUUGCACACACUCGGCUCUGCCGCUCUUAAUCCCAUCGUUACGCAACUACGAUUCUCAUCCCGACUCGGUCUCGUUCUCGAGUUCACAUUCGUCCGAGUCUCACCUUGAGUUCCUCAGCGCUCGCACCGACUCGACCUCGACGACGAAUUCGGUGACCUUCUCAACCUCGUUCUCAGCAUCUUCCAGCGAGAUGGGGUCUCUUGCCGUGCCCGCGCACCCCGCUGCGCUUACGAGACGUCGCGGGCUUUCGCUCCUGUUUCGGCGGUCAAGCUCGUCUCGGUCUCGGUCUCCGUCUUCCAAGUCACCUCUUGGAUCGCCUUUGAUCACACCAUCGGUUUCGCCGACAUUUCUCCCUUCGCUCGGCUCAUUGCACAAGACGCAUCCUGGCUUGGUUUUCUUGGACAGCGAUGUGCCCGCUCUACAGUCCUCGGCGAUUCCCACUCGGGCUUGA